GUUAUUGGUUAGUCUUCCAAAAUAGUGUAACCAAGAAAACAUCAAUUUGCUGCUAUGAACGCUCUCGCUGCAACCAACCGCAAUUUCCGACAAGCCGCUCGAAUUCUUGGCUUGGAUUCCAAAAUCGAAAAGAGUCUUCUCAUUCCUUUCAGAGAAAUUAAGGUGGAAUGCACAAUUCCCAAGGAUGAUGGAACGUUGGUUUCCUAUGUUGGAUUUAGAGUGCAGCAUGAUAAUGCUCGUGGCCCUAUGAAAGGCGGAAUCAGAUACCAUCCUGAGGUUGACCCAGAUGAGGUAAAUGCCCUUGCUCAACUGAUGACUUGGAAGACCGCUGUAGCCGACAUCCCAUAUGGGGGAGCUAAAGGUGGAAUCGGCUGUAACCCAAAGGAUUUAAGUGUGAGCGAGUUGGAGCGACUUACUCGUGUUUUCACACAGAAAAUUCAUGAUCUAAUUGGAGUUAAUACUGAUGUGCCUGCCCCUGAUAUGGGCACUAAUGCUCAGACUAUGGCCUGGAUUUUGGACGAGUACUCAAAAUUUCAUGGUCACUCACCAGCCAUUGUGACUGGAAAACCAAUUGAUCUUGGAGGGUCAUUGGGAAGAGAAGCUGCAACAGGGCGUGGCGUCGUCUAUGCUACAGAAGCUUUACUUGCUGAAUAUGGGAAGCACGUUAAGGAUUUGACUUUCGCAAUUCAGGGAUUUGGAAAUGUAGGAGCCUGGGCAGGAAAGCUCAUUCAUGAGAGAGGUGGAAAGGUAGUUGCAGUGAGUGACAUAACUGGAGCGAUCAAGAACUCCAAUGGGAUCGAUAUACCAGCUUUACUCAGUCAUAAAGAAAAAACAGGAAAGCUCAUCGAUUUUGCUGGUGCGGAUGUGAUGAAUUCUGAUGAAUUGCUAACGCAUGAAUGUGACGUUCUCAUCCCUUGUGCUUUGGGAGGAGUUUUGAACAGAGAAAAUGCUGAUAACGUCAAGGCCAAAUUCAUUAUAGAAGCAGCAAACCAUCCUACUGAUCCAGAUGCUGAUGAGAUUUUAUCGAAGAAAGGAGUAGUAAUACUUCCAGACAUCUAUGCCAAUGCUGGAGGAGUGACUGUCAGCUAUUUUGAAUGGGUUCAGAAUAUUCAAGGAUUUAUGUGGGAUGAGGAGAAGGUUAAUAGGGAGCUUAAGAAAUACAUGACAAGAGCCUUUCAUAACCUCAAGGGCAUGUGCCAUUCACAUAAUUGCAAUCUUCGGAUGGGUGCAUUCACAUUGGGGGUGAAUCGUGUUGCGCGUGCCACUCAAUUAAGAGGUUGGGAGGCAUAAUGGCACUCUUUUCACAGCACAAUGUACUCAUCCUGCAGCAGAUCAUUCGCAAUUCUUCCUUUCAAGUACGAACCAUAGAAUGUUCUACUAACUGAAAUGUGUACUUGAGACAUUAAUCAUAACUUGAGUCAUCAAUUACUUAGAAUUUUAUGUUUUUUUUUUCAUUUGGGACCUUGGAGCCAUUUGGCCCCUAUCGCCAUUUUCUUAUGAGCUCAGGUGCUUAACUGUUUUUUCCCCUCAUUUUCUAGCAUGAGGAUUGCCUGUUAUGGAGUAACUUAUACUAAGAACAUGCUGAAUGCAUAUUAUUGCAUUGGUUUAUCUU